AUUCCGUCCAUCAACUGCGCUUGAUUGUACCUCAAACCUGAGACGUUCUCAGUCAACAGAAUUGGAAAGACCGAAAAGAAAGGAAAGAGAUAGCUACGGAAAAUGGCAUCCCGCUGGGCGAACGAUGAGGCCGACGCCGCAGAAGCCGCGCGUCGGAAGAAAGAGAAGGAGCAAAAGAAACGCAUGAAAGAAUUGAAGCAACGGCAACAGGAAGACGCUGCUCAGAGAGAACCCGCAGACAGACCACCGCACAAGAGAAGAAGAUUAUCGUCUUCACCCUCGGAAAAGAAACAGUCAUCCCAGGACUCCUCCUCAGAGCGGCGACUCCUCCGCUUCGACGCCCCAACCUGGGGCCCCUGCCGACACGUGAGCAACUUCGAGACGCUGAACCACAUCGAAGAAGGGACGUAUGGCUGGGUGUCGCGGGCGCGGGAGAUUGGCACGGGCGAAGUCGUCGCGCUCAAGAAGGUCAAGAUGGAUUAUGUGCAUGAUGGGUUUCCGAUCACAGCGCUUAGGGAGGUUGCCAUUUUGCAGAAGGUCAGGGGGCAUGCGAAUGUGGUGGAUUUGAGGGAGGUGGUCAUGGGGGAGGGAUUUGAUGAAGUCGUCCUCGUCAUGGAGUUCCUAGAACACGACCUCAAAACCCUCCAAGAAGAUAUGCCCGAACCGUUCCUUGCCUCCGAAACAAAGACCCUACUCCGUCAACUCGCUUCCGCCGUGGACUUUCUGCAUCAAAACCACAUCAUCCACCGGGACCUGAAAACCUCGAAUAUCCUCCUCUCCAACCGCGGCGCCCUCAAACUCGCCGACUUCGGCAUGGCGCGACUCCUCCCUCCUCCCUCUCCCAACGCCAGCCCCUUAACCCAACUCGUCGUCACCCUCUGGUACCGCGCCCCCGAACUUCUCCUCGGCACCCCCAUCUACGACACCAGCAUCGACAUCUGGUCCCUCGGCUGCAUCUUCGGCGAGCUCCUGCAAAAGGACCCUCUCCUCCCGGGCAAAAACGAAGUCGAUCAGCUCUACAAGAUCUUCUCCCUAUGCGGCCUCCCGACGGAGAAAACCUGGCCCCAAUUCUGGAGACUGCCGAACGCGAAGAGCCUCCGGUUGCCGCGGGAUGCGGGCGCUGGGGGGACGGCUCCCGCCGCUGAUACCGCGGCCUUGCUGCGCAGGAAAUUCCCGAAUAUCCUGACGGCCAAGGGGACGGAUUUGCUCGCCUCGAUGCUGAGCCUGAACCCGGAUCAUAGACCGUCGGCAGCGGAGAUCCUGUCGCAUCCGUACUUCGCUGAGAAUCCGAAACCGAAGCCGCCGGAGCUGUUCCCCACGUUUCCGAGUCGAGCAGGGCAGGAGAGGAGGCGGAGGAAGAGUCCGCAUGCGCCGGUUCGGGGCCAGGGGAAUGCGAGGUUGGAGGGGGCGGGGGAGGUGGAUUUUAGUGGCAUCUUUGCGGGGAGGGAGGAGGAGAUGAAGGGGGCGGGGUUUCAGUUGAGAAUGGGUUGA